AUGAGUUCUCUUGGUCUAGUAGCGACAGCUAUCUGUGUAGUGGUUGUGCUUGGAGGACUACCCUUCUCCUCAGAUGCACAGCUAGAUCCUUCGUUUUACCAGGAUACUUGUCCCAAGGUGCAUAAAAUUGUACAUAAUGUCCUAAAGAACGUUUCAAAAUCGGAUCCACGUAUGCUUGCAAGUCUCGUCAGGCUUCACUUUCAUGACUGUUUUGUUCAAGGCUGUGACGGAUCAAUUUUGUUGAACAACACUGCAACGAUUGUGAGCGAGCAACAAGCAGCGCCAAAUAACAACUCAAUAAGAGGUUUGGAUGUUGUGAACCAGAUUAAGACAGCGGUGGAAAAUACUUGUCCUGGCGUAGUUUCUUGCGCUGAUAUUCUUACCCUUGCUGCCGAAGCAUCUUCUGUUCUGGCUCAUGGUCCUUCUUGGGAAGUUCCGUUGGGAAGAAGGGAUAGUCUAACAGCAAACCGAACUCUUGCAAAUCAAAACCUUCCAUCUCCUUUCUUCAACCUAACUCAACUUAAAUCCUCCUUUGCUGCUCAAGGCCUCAAUACUACUGAUCUAGUUGCACUCUCAGGUGCUCAUACAUUUGGCAGGGGUCAUUGCGCUUUUUUCGUUAACCGAUUGUACAACUUCAGCGGCACUGGCAAACCUGAUCCAACACUCAACACAACUUACUUACAAGCAUUGCGCAUAAUAUGCCCCAAAGGUGGAUCCGGGACUAACCUCACCAAUUUGGACCCCACCACACCUGAUAAAUUCGACAAGAACUACUACGUUAAUCUUAAGGAUCAUAAAGGCCUUUUUCAGAGUGACCAAGAACUGUUCUCAACAUCAGGUGCAGAUACCAUUAGCAUUGUCAAUGAAUUCCGUACUAAACAAGAAGUUUUCUUUGAGGCCUUUAAGGCUUCAAUGAUAAAGAUGGGUAAUAUUGGUGUGCUAACGGGGAAAAAAGGAGAAAUUCGAAAACAAUGUAACUUUGUUAACAAAAAAUCUGCUGAACUAGACAUAGCCAUCGUUUCCUCCGAGGAAUCAUCCGAAGAGGGUAUGUUUAGCUCAAUCUAA